AUGCUUCCAGCUGUGGUCUUGGCCGUUGUCGCCGGCCUGGGAAUUCUACCAACAGUGGUUGCGGACACCGUUUGCAGUGCGACAGUUCCGUGCGAAAUCGGAUGCUGCGGCGAGUAUGGCGUGUGUGGCAUGGGUCCCAAUUACUGUGGCUCUGAUGUGUGCAUCAACAGUUGCGAUGCCAAAGCAGAGUGUAACCCGGACAAUUGGCCAUCUGAAUACGUGAAUUCUACAACCUGCCCUCUGGAUGUGUGCUGCAGUCCAUAUGGCUUCUGCGGUACUACCAAGGAGUUCUGCGGGAACAAAACAGUCACUGUACCGUCCUGUGACGCUAGCAGUCAAAAGAUCAACCGCGUUAUCGGAUAUUACAACUCCGCUGCUGCGCGCCGUGGUUGUGAUGGCAUGGCUCCAUACUCCAUUCCUCAGGGCGUUUAUUCUCAUAUAUACUUUGCGUUUGGCAGUAUCGACCCGGACAGCUUCGAAGUGAUCCCGGAUAAGACAAGCGACGAGGGCCUCUAUACCCAAUUAGCUGCGCUGAAGACGCGUGACCCUGAUCAAGAGCUUUGGCUAUCGAUUGGUGGUUGGGAUUUCUCAGACAGUGACCAGCCGACAGCUACUACUUUCUCUGAUCUUUGCGCUGCGGAUAGCAAGACACAAAACGCAUUCUUCAAGUCCUUGAUUAGUUUCAUGGGCACAUACGGCUUUACGGGAAUCGAUAUCGACUGGGAGUACCCAGCUGCAGGUGAUCGCAAUGGCCGUGAUGAGGACUACAAGAACUUCCCUGCAUUCCUGGCGAGCUUGAAAAAGGCGUUAUCUGAUUACAAGUAUGGCUUGUCUAUAACACUACCAACCAGCUAUUGGUACCUCCAACACUUCGACCUGAAGGCCAUGGAGUCUUCAGUCGACUGGUUCAAUGUCAUGGCUUACGACUUGCAUGGCACGUGGGACAUUACUGAUACUUGGACUGGGCCUUACUUGGAUGCUCACACAAACCUGACUGAGAUCAAGACUGCUCUCGAUCUGCUGUGGGGAGUCGAUGUUAAGCCCUCCAAAGUAACCCUUGGCUUGGCCUUCUAUGGUCGCAGUUUCACGAUUGAAAGCUCUUCUUGCGCCGAGCCAGGCUGUCUGUAUCUCUCAGCUGGUACCGAGGGAAAUUGCAGUCAGUCUGCUGGAAUUUUGUUCAACAGCGAAAUCGCAGCUCUCAUCGAAGACCAAGAUCUUACUCCGACGCUCUAUAAAGACGCUGCUAUCAAAACCAUUCAGUGGGACACUGAUCAGUGGAUCGCGUAUGACGAUGAAGAUACUUGGAAGCUCAAAGCAGACUAUGCGAAGUCCGUCUGUAUUGGUGGUGUGAUGGUCUGGUCAGUCGACGAAGAUGAUGAUGUCCAUACAUAUGCGAAAGGACUCGCUGCCGCGCUCGGUAAUGAAAUCAAUCUGAACACUACCACUGGUCUUCCCCUAUCUAUUGUCGACAAGACGUCCUCGACGAGCAGUGAAUCUACACAAGGCAACUACUGUCGCUUCAUCAACUGUGGCGACACCUGCCCAAAUGGGUUCUCAACAAUUGUACGGGAUGACAACAAGAAGCAACUCAUGCUCGAUUCGACAGAAUGUCCUCCAGGAUAUGAAGGCACGCAGACCCUCUGCUGUCCAACAUCCAGUACUUUACCGACUUGUCGCUGGCGUGGAUUCAAUGGUGGCAAGUGCAAGGGAGGCUGCGAGAGUGGCGAGGCCGAAGUAGGCACUCUUACUGCGGGCUGCCGCUCUGGGUAUCAAUCUGCCUGUUGCACCAUCGAAGAUUCCACAAAACCCUGGUCAGAAUGUGCAUGGGGAGAUAGCUGUGAGUCCGACGACACAUGCCCCUCUGGCUAUGAUAAAUUCGUCGUUGGAUCGCGUCAGGGUUGGGGUGGACGAAAGUCAUGCAGCGGAUCGAAGAACUAUAAUUACUGUUGUAAGGACUCAAUCCCAGAUCCCUUUACAAAUUGCGCCUGGACCGGGCACGAGGUUACUUUCACCAAUACAGAGUAUUGCUCUGAUGCUUGUCCAUCCGGCUCAAUUCGAAUUGCAGAGGAAUCAAUCAUUACCAUAUUUGGCAAUGACAAGACGGCACAUACGUCAAACUGCUAUUAUGGCAUGGAGGCCUACUGUUGUAACGGUACAACGACAACAACUUCGGUUGUGCCGCGCUCUUCUCCCGACACUUUCCAAGAUGAAACAGCUUACGAGUUUCACUUCUAUCUCAACGCUUGGCUUGAGAACCCCACUUGUGGUGCUGAAUACGUGGCAAGCUUCGACAAACGUGAUUUGACAGAGCGCUCCAUGAGCAAGCAAGAGCUGAAUUACUAUAAUGCCGUUAGCUACGUGGUCCUUUGGCUUACCGCGUCUGUCCCUCGCGAUGAUUUGACUAAGAUUUUCAAUAAUUUGAUGUCCGAAUAUGGAUUCGCGGAUGAGGCUGCAAAUAUCACCGUUUUUACCAACACCCUAUAUGGGUAUGGCGACCCCUGGACAGGCUCUCCGGUCUAUUCCGCCGAGCCCCUUGUUGCAGAGACCCUUUGUAACAUCGCCCAGUCAUCAAAUGGCGUGGAAGGCUUGGGCGCUGCGAGCGAAAUCUUGUGUGAACUGCCCGGCUCAUCCAGCUCUGCGAGCAAGCGUGCAUUUGAUGGUAUCGGCACCUCUCCUCGCUCUUCAAACGACAAACAACCCACAAUCUACAGCGCAUUGAGAGGAGUUGUGAAUGGGGAUCUGACCUUCCACUACGCGCGAUGGAUUCAAGGCUCUACCGAAAGAAAUGGUGCGCAAGAAAUUAUCCUUGAACUUGCAUUUUGGAUUGGUCCGACACCGGGAACAGCCCCUACCGCGGCAAACCUCGCAAUCUAUGGCGACUCUGACGACACCGUUAACCCUGACCUUUGGGUGGUUUUCCAUCUCCACAUCCCGCGUGACGACAACACGUUCCGUGACUUGACUAGAAGCCAAAGAAACUUCUAUCCGGGAGUUCGAGCAAUGGGAGUGUAUCACAGCCAGACACUUCACUACAUGGGGAAUAACGCAGAUCCGCGGGCGGAGUAUGAAUUCUCCAACAACUAUGCCGAAGGAGCCUACAACGGCGGCGAUAUGGAAAAUUACAACAAUCGCGCACAAACUUUACGAUGCCGCGACAACUCUCGUUGGUAUAUCGGGCGCGAUUCUACGACGGCCAUUACAAAUGCACAGAGGUCAAAUGCCAACCUCCCCGUGCAGUAUGUCAGUGCACUCAACUCAUUUGGCGUUUGGCUUCAACAACAAGGUCUCUUCUCCUACGAGAACUUAGCAUUCAUUUGGCCUGUCAUUGGCGAUUACGGCUCCGAUUGGGUUCCCGCAUCCAAUACCGUCAAUGGUGCAAGUGCUUAUAGCCCCGCAGCUGGGGCCUUCACGACGAAUUGGAAUUUCGCCGGUGAGCAAGUAGAUAUCAUGGGCGCUACCGACGUUUGGACCACUCAAUAG